GGCAUGGUUAAAGACAUGAGUAGAGGGUGUAUCCAGGAUUCAUUGCACUCAGAGCUCAGAUCAGAGAGAGAGAACCAGAUCACACACACAGUAGCACACACCAGAUCAACCCACGUCACCUGCUAAGCCAGACGAAGAGGACAACUGAGAAGAGAGAGAAAGAGUAGAGAGAAAACGAGGAAUAGAGAGAGAGAAAAAGCAAGAAAGCAAGAAAGACAGAGAGAGGUAACAUGACGAUUGGGAAGAGUUCCAGAAAAAGCUUCGCCCGUAGUUCGCUCCGCUCUCCCAAGUUCCUGGACAAGUCAGACGGCUUCUACGGACGUCUGGACGAGCCGGAGACCGAGCCGUCUAGAGCCGUGGAGGAACCGGGGAUGGAGGGGGGCGAAGGGGCCACGCCAUGCCCAGCCGAGGAGCCCUGUGCUGGGCCGGAGGAGGGGGCUGGAGACCCCGGGGUGACGGACUUCCACCAGGGGAUGAUGGAGGACGACGGAGCCUCGCUCAUCCACCGCGAACCGGCUCGUCUCAGCAGUCGCUGGAGGAGGAGCUCCCGGAGGAGGAAGAGGGAGGCCAGGCCCGCGGAGGAGCAGCCCAGGGAGGAGGGGCCGAGCCUGGGCAUGGAGGUGGAGACGGAGGGCCCCGUCCUGGAGGUCUCUCUGGAGCUGGAGGGAGGGAUGGAGGGACGGAGAGCUGUGCUAGAGCCCAGCCUCGUUCACUUCACCGUCAGGGCAGAGGCAGACGACCAGGUCCUCAUCAAGGAGAAGAGAGGGAGGGAGGAGGAGGAGGGGAAGGAGGAGGAGGAGGGGAAGGAGGAGGAGGAGAAGACCAGGGGGCAGAAGGAGGAUCUGAAGGUGGUGAAGAGAAGCACGCUCAGGAACUACCGUAAGGCUUUCGACCGAGCGUUACGUCGAGGGUGGGAGACCUUCGUCACCAACCUGCACAGUGUGACCCUCACCCCGGUGACACCCCCCUCUUCGUCAUCAUCAUCAUCAUCACCUUCCUCCAAAAAGAGAAGCCCCUCCUCUGUUUUGGGGGAGUACAGAUAACGGACCGAAACCAAUCACAUCACCUCAGUCUUCGUAAUCUCUAAUCUGUAAUGUUUGAAUUGCCCUAAUCUUGACAAUAGCAAAAAAAAAAGAACGGGUUACCACGGAAACACAGUUGUGUUUGUGGUUGUGAUUUUCCGGACCAAUCGCUGAAGAGCUUGUGCCUGUCAGGUGGAGGGCAAGGGGCUGAUAAUGACCGAUAACGAUCAGUUGGCUAAUCAGUGAUCAAUAAUAAUGGAUUUGGACGGCCGCGAAGGACGGGCAUGUCUGGACUAGAAUGCUUGUUGUCGCCUGUGUCACCGUGGCAACGGUAGCUAUGGGAGAUUUA